AUGCCAGACGUUGAACCCCUGAGAUUCCCAUCAAGGGAAGGACGGCCCAGUCAACAAGAUCAAGCAGAUCUUCAAGUCGUCUGCUCUGGUAGACGUCGCACUUGUGCUUUGCUCAAUAGUCCCUCACCAUGUGUCAACAAUGCUAUUUACCACAUGCAAGAGCUGAAGAUGACAGUGGAAAAUUGGUGUCAACAGUAUGGAAAAUAUCAGCCACAGCUCGACCAGCACAAGCACCAAUACAGCAAAACUCUAAGAUUGCAAUCCAGAGACUCAGACACUGAAUCAGUGACGUCUACAGAGUUGUUUGUCGAAGGCAUCGCAAUUAGCGCAAGAGAAAGUUGUCCAUUAUCGCCACUCUUAAAUAAAAUAAAUGAUGUCCUUGGAGAGGUUGUGUAUCUGAUUGAGAGGCUGGAGGCUGAUCGUCAGUAUGCAGAGGAAGCUCUCCACAAAGAGAAGAGAAGAAAAAGAUUUUUGGAGAACAAAGUUGACAGUAUCUCACUGUGGAAGCAACAAGAGCAUUCUUUUGUUGUCCAGAAAGAGCAUGAGGCUUGCAUCAGAGACAUCACUGAACUGAAGUGGCAGCUAAAAUUGGAAAGAGAGAAGCUUGACCAGGUCCAGGAAAAAUUGUCACACAUUGAGUUGUUGAACCAGCACUUACACGAGGACAUCAACUUUGCCAAAAAACAAAUCCCCAUUGUGAAAGAAAACCUGGACCUCCAGAGAGACGUCAUAAAUCAAAUCAACACUACACAAGCAGAGGCUGAUGAAGUAUACUCAAAAACACAGAGUGAUCUCAUGAUGGUUCAGAAGGAGUUAAAAAAAAUGGAACUGGACACCAAAAAUGAAAAACUGUCAUUGGACCAUGUUCUGUUGAUGAUGAAGAAUCAGCUGGAUAACAAAGUGGAAGAUUUAAACCAGUUGAAGAUGCUUGAGAAAGGUCUGUGUGCUGAAAUAAAUGAUGCUGAAAGGACAGUUGCUCUUACAGAAGAAAAGUGUGCUGCCAUAACACAACGUAUCCCUGAAAUGAUGGAGCUCGAGAAAACUGAAAAAGACCAGAUUUUGCAAUUGAAACUUCAAAUUGAAGCUGAAAUGCAAAAGAAUAAGAAAUCCAAAGAGAAACUAAUGGCAUUGCAAGAAGAUGUUGAGAGAUCUAAACUUAAUGGGGAAGCCGAGGUUUCCUGCAUAGAAGAGCAGCUCCAUUCAAAACGUAAUGCCUUUGCUGCUCUCCGCAAAGAAAACAUGGAGUAUGAACAGAAUGUUGAAGACUACAAGAUAAAAAUAUCUGAGAGUGAGAAAGCAGUGAAGCAGAUGUGUGAGGAGAGGAGGCAGAUGCUCCAGAAAAUCAUUGACAAUGACGAGCAGUGGGAAAAAGCCAAGGAGGAAGUGACCCAAGUUGUAGCCCAGCACAGUGUCACCAAGACUAAGCUGGAGGAGCAGGAGCAGCUCACCUUCAUGGAAGAACAGAGGGCCAGGAAAGAGAUUGAAAACCUGAGGAAAGAUCUGACAGGUCAAAUGACUGCCCUGGAACUACUGAAGGGUCAAUGUACAAAUAUCAAUGAAGGACUAAAACGACAGCAAAGGAGCUCAGAGCUAAACAAAGAAAAACUUCAGAAAGAAUUUGAAGAUGCAUCUUCAGCAACAAAAGCUUUGGAGACAAAAAUUAAGAAAAUCAAGAAAGUGACAGAAAAUUUGGAAAAGAUUCAGUGUGAGCACAGGAACAAGUUACUCAACCUUGAGAAGGAGAAAAAACUCAAAUGUGAGCACCUGAAAGCUGCCCAGGAUUUACACGCUGCCACUAUAAAACGAUAUGACAACAGUCUGGGCAGGAUCGGUGACCUUAUGAAGAAGAGCAAAGAAUCCCAAGAUGCUUCAGAUAAAAUGGAAAAAAUAGUUGAAAGCAUUCCAGAAGUCAUAGCGGAACUUGAGAGUGUGUUUGAUGCGGUGGAUUUCAAAAACAAAUCAGCUGCUCUCAUAAUGAGCACCUUGAAGUCUGAUAUUAAUAACUGCCAACAACAAACACAGCGAUCCAUGCAGACACACACUGCUCAUGUUACAGCGAGAAAAAAGGAAAUGGAAGACACCAAGGAAGCACUAAAAAUUGCACUGGAAGAGAACAAACAGCUGGCCAGCGAGUAUGAAUGUCUUAAGAAGAUCCUUGUGGAGGCCAAACAAGAGGCAGUGUCAGCACUGAGCAAGAAAAACCAUGAACAUAAAUCUUUUCUUUAUUACACACAGCUCUCUUUGUUGCAGAAGAGGAUGCACAAAGCUUUGGUGAAAUACUUCAAACAACGCAGCCUCUACAGCCAGGCUGAACUGGACCGGUGCCAGGCUCUCUCUCAAGAGACCAACCAGAAAAUAAAAACAGCCCAGGAGGGGUUGUCAGAAGAAAUUCAGCUCAUCUCAGCAUUCCUGCAAGCCUUGACAGAUGACUCUACUACCACUGAUGAUGCUGGGGUGAACAAACAAGCCAGUCCAGAUGCCCCUGGAUCGAAUGACAAAUCCAUAACAAUGAAACAGGUGACUUUCAUGCUGCUGUCAGGACUGAUCUAAUUUUAGCUGGGUGAAUGAUUGCAAUUGGCUUUGCCUCAUCAGAUAAUUAAUCUAUGUCACCAUUAAUUGGAAAAGAGAAUAAUUACAGGCAGUGUUGACAGAAAUUCUACGCUUCUCCAGAUUUCAAGAUCUAAUUACAACUAGUGAAACCCCAUGACCUUAACUAGCACUUAGUACACCUUGGCCACCUUGACCAUGCCCAUGUGAAGACCACUGUCUCUGGAAAGACCCUGUUUUUGCAAUCGCACUGCGCGCUCCUCCACUCUCUUCACUCUCCUCACUCUCUGAAAGCUGUCUCCCUCAAUCACUUUUCAAUAUUCAAUCUUAAUUUUGUGGAAGUUUAGCAUUUUCAAUGAGCUGGAGAUGAAUGAUUAAUGAAUAAAUUUAAAUGCUUCAUUUUGUCCAUGGAUCAUUAGUUAAGUCCUUUGUGGGAAGGACCUGAGAAAGGAGUGAAAAUUAUUGAGACAUUAGCCUGAAGCAAUCCAGGGGUAAAUAGUGUGCACAAAAGGAUGUUGCGUGUGCACUAUCCACUGGCUUUUCUAAAGAACCCUGGGGAAACACUGUUUUCAAUUUGGAAUCGUAACUGAAUCACAUUUAGUACUUGUAGAAAAUUGAUUUUUGUUUCAUCAUGUUUCAACAAUGUCAUACUAAUGGUAGACAACACUAAUGUCUCCUCCAUAUAGACCUUAAAAGUUAAGUAAAAAUGUUUCUGGAUAAACAGUACUUGUCUAAAUAUUAUCAGA